AUGCUUCUAAUUACUUUGGGAAUCUGCUUUGGUUUAGGUAUUGCAGCCGCAGCUAUCGCGGUACCUAUACAAGUUAUAAACAGCCGAGGUAGUAAUUCAGAUGCAUCGGCAACAAUAGUUGGCUCACCGACAGUUUUACCAGUAACAUCAACAACAACAACAACAUUAGCAACGGCAACAUCGACCAUAUCAACAAUGACAACAGGAACCACAUCAACUAAAACGACAGCGACAACGUCCACUACAUCAACCACUUCUACUACAACAACAACAGAAACAACAUCCACUACAUCAACAACCUCUACAACACCGACGACAACGACGGAAACAACGUCUGCUACAUCAACAACCUCUACAACAACGACAGAAACAACAUCGACCACCUCUACUACAACGACGGAAACAACAUCGACUACAUCAACCACUUCUACUACAACGACAGAUACAACAUCGACCACAGCAACGACAACAACAGAAACAACGUCUACUACAUCAAUAACCUCUACAACAUCGACGACAACGACGGAAACAACAUCGACUACAUCGACAACGGCAACUACGUCAACAACCUCUACCACAUCAACUACAACCUCUUCUACAACAUCAUCAACAACGACGACAACAACAACAACAACACUUGCUCUAAUCAAUCCACUAACUAUUAUUCAGUGGUUAUUCGAUGGAGAUUUCAACGAUGUAUAUGAUACUUAUAAUGGAAAUCUAGUCAAUAAUAGUAAUGUUACAUGGAUGUCACCAGGAUAUACUGGAUAUGGAAGUAGCGUUUGCUUUUUAUCUACCAAUUAUAUGCUUGUCAAUCAUUACCUUAAUUUCACUUCAACUAGUUUCACGAUUUCUGCUUGGAUAUGGAUUCCAGCAGGUCUCUCAUUAAAUGGAGAUUUCUUUGUAUUAUUUGGCCAUUGCAGCUUAAAUAAUCAAGAUAUGUGUCUGCACAUUGUAAUAAAUAGUGGUAGAGUCUUUUUAGGUUUCUACAGUGAUGAUUUAACAGGAGGUACUUCACUAACAUCCAAUCAAUGGUAUCAUGUUGCCUAUGUCUACGAUCAAUCAUCACUUAGACAGACUGUUUAUUUGAAUGGAAUUGAUGACGGAAGUCGAGUAGCCGGUGGUUCCUAUAAAGGUACUGCAAGUACACUGACUGUUGGAGCCAUACCAUCAUUUGGUACAGGAGUUACUACUAAUAAUGGUUUUAUUGAUAAAUUGACGUUUGUAUCACGUGUUAAAACUUCUGCUGAACUUCUUGACGAAGCCACUCUUGUUGCUUAUUAUCCAUUCGAUAAUUCGUAUACUGAUCUCGGACCCAAUCAAUUCAUUAAUAGUACUACUGUCUCAACUAUGUUUGACUCAUCUGGCCGAUUUAAUCAAGCCUUAUUGAUCAAUUCAACAAAUUCAUCGUACUUUCAAACAACAAGUUUCUAUUAUCUUGGUCAAACGAAGUAUCCAUAUUCAUUCUCGUUGUGGAUUUAUCCAUUCGUCAAUAAUGGUACUAUCCUUCAGGUCAGCUCUUCAAAUGGUUGGUGUGUACCAAUGAUUGGUUUUGAUAUUUCUGGUCGUCUAACAAUCCAAACAAUGGGUAGUAAUGGUAUUUAUGCUGCUUCAUUAACUUCAGAAAUAUUACCAUUAAAUCAAUGGACUAAUGUGAUUAUGACUUAUUCAACUAUCAAUGGUAUUCAAUUGUUUAUUAAUGGAACAUUCAUGGUUGGUAAUAAUACUGUUACAAGCUACUCGGCUAGUGGUCAAAUAACUACAAUUACUAUUGGAACUUGUCUUUCUUCAAGUACAUGUGCUGUUAAUACAACAAUAAUUAUUCUAUCACAAUUUCGAGGAAAGAUUGAUGAAUUAAAGAUCUUUUCUCGUGAAUUGUCAUUAAGUGACAUUGGUCAACUAGCUCAAGUAACAACCUUAUAUACAUUUGGUCCAUCCAAUCUUUGGCAAUUUGAUAACAACGCCUUAGAUAAUAUAUCAAAUCUCAAUGGAGUAGGUGUCAAUUCACCUAGUUAUGUAGCACCUGGAAUCACUGGCAGUGGAUAUGCUUUAAAUCUCAAUAAAACCAAUAAUCAAUACGUAACAAUAGCAGCCAAUCAAAUAUUCGCUAAUACUAGUUUUACAGUGGAAAUGUGGAUUUAUCCUACUUCAUUAAGCGAUAUUUUUUAUGGACUCUUCUCUCAACAUGAAGCCUCGGCAACUGAUCGUCUACUACAUUUGAUACUUCGUUAUCAACUUCUUUACAUGGGUUUUUAUAGUGAUGAUCUUCAGGGUACAACCGCAGUAUCAACAACGAACACUUGGUAUUAUGUAGCUUUCGUCUACGACUAUCGAUCACGAACACAAAUUGUAUAUUUGAACGGAUAUCAAGAUGGUCUUCGUACCCCGGCUGGACCAUUUUUAGGAAUCUCUGGUGCAAUAACUAUUGGAACAUUUUUUGAUUCUGCUAAUAUAAUUCAACCUUUCAAUGGUUACAUUGAUCAAGUUUCACUGACCAUGCGAGCUAAAAGUGCUAGCGAAAUACUUGAUGAUGCUACUUUCACUACAUGGCAUUCGUUUGAUAUUAUACCAUUACAGGACUCUGGUCCACUUGGACUCAUUACAAUAACUAAUGAUGUUACUUUAAUAGCUGAAAGAGUGAAUCAAGUAUUAAAUUUCAACUCAACUUCAUCUUAUUAUCAGAUACAAAGUUUUGUUCUUCUUGGAACCUCAAACCAUGCAUAUUCUAUUGCGUUGUGGGUUAAACGAACAUCAACAGGUGGUGGAACUGUUGUUCAUCUUUCAACUCAGACAAAUGGACAAGGAUGGUGCGUUACUCUAUUAGGAUUUCGCUCUACUGGUGAAAUAGUAGCCACUAAUUGGGCCUCUUCAGGGCAGGAAGUAGUGGGUCCCGUUCUAUCCAUCAACGUCUGGACUCAUGUCGCUAGUACUUACUCAACCAUAAAUGGAAUGAGAUUUUAUAUAAAUGGAAUAUAUAAUGGUACUACAGGUGCUAUGUCCUAUAUUGCUGCACAACAAGCAGUUAUUUUGACAUUAGGAAAUCCGAUGGCGGGUGGCUCCGGCAAUUCAUCAUCAAUUGCUACAAGUGUUUAUUCUGGUUCUCUCGAUGAAUUUCGUGUUUAUUCUCGAGAGCUGAGUGCUACGGACGUUUAUACACUUGCUAAUCCUUAG